CCACCACCUUGCCAUUCGAAUUAAUUACAGCUGAAAUCGAACUGAUAGUACAUGAAAUACUUAAAAUCGUAAAUAGCAUCGUGGAUGAAACGAUCAAUUAAGAAAUUUUUACUUCAUAAUGUUUUUCUGUUAAUGACACGUGCAAGGAAAGAAAACUAAGCUUUAUCAACACUAAAUGAAACGUUAAUAAUAAUAAACGUCACAGAAACUUCGUUACGCGCUAUCGUUUGCAAGUUGGUGAUUCAUUCACGAGGUAUCGAAUGUGGGGAAAGUGAUACAGUUUAUAAAAAUCGAUAAACAAGAAUAUACAAUUAAUCCAAUCAUCCAGAAGCAACAUUUGAACGUUUAAUAGAAAGUGUUUUUACACAAGACGAACAAGAAUUAGGAGUGCUGGCUUUUAUUGAUUGUUUGAUUUUUUAAUAAUUUUAAUUAGUUCUCCCAAAUAAAAUAUAUGAAUGAUGUUGUUUCAAAGAAUCGCUGAUAUAAUUUCCAUGAUGAGCUACAGUCGUAUGCGGUGUAAAGACGUAACGUCUGAUGAUCCUGGGCCAGCAAAUUUUGAACGGGCAAUAAUAAACUCUGGUUAUGGAAAAUUCAACUAUUUAUUAUUGCUGGCCAUAUUGCCCGCGAGUUUCUCCAGCAUCUUCUCGUCAUCGGCGGUAUCGUACGUGUUGCCGUCAGCGGAAUGCGAUCUGAACCUCACCAUGUUCGACAAGGGUCUCCUGAAUUCAAUGACAUUCGCAGGAAUGAUCAGCACGUCGUUUUUCUGGGGAUUUAUGACCGACACGUACGGUCGUAAGAAGAUCAUGUUUUACGGUUACAUGGUCACUGGCAUCUUGAGUCUGGCGUCAUGCUUUUCGCAUACAUCUUGGCUUUUAAUUUUUUUCAAAUUUCUCGACGGUGUAACCAUAUCCGGCCCCUAUGCCGCUUUAAUGUCGUAUUUGGCAGAAGUACAUAAUGAAGCGCAUCGAUCUCGAACUUACAUGUGGCUAGGUGUAUUCUUCUCGCUUGGUAAUAUUUCAUUGCCUUGUCUCGCGUGGCUCAUCAUACCUCAAAAAUGGAACAUCAAUUUAAUGAGCAAAACCAUAGAGAUUAGCUCCUGGAGAGUGUUUUUAGCAAUUUGCUCGUUGCCAGAAUUCCUUGCCUGCAUAGCAAUGUUCGCGUUUCCUGAAAGUCCUCGUUUUCUCCUUUUGAAAGGGCGAAGGGAAGAGGCUCUUGAAGUUUUCAAGAAAAUAUAUGCGGUCAAUACCGGAAAUAAUCCAGAUACAUAUCCGAUAAAAGAUCUCGAGGAGGAGUAUGACACCGUUGAACUAUCAAGCAAUACUGUAAAAGACAAGGUGCGUGUGUGCUUGCAGCAAAUCAAACCUCUCUUCGUGCCACCAAACAUUUACAAACUCAUUGCAAUAGGUUUGAUUCAGCUUGGUGCCACAAUAGGAUCGAACUCGAUUAGACUGUGGAUGCCUCAGUUGUUUUCCAUGAUGGAACAUUUCAAAAACAAUUACACGAAAAACAACUAUUCGAGUUCGCAACCACGCUUCUGUUAUAUGCUAGGCCAACAGCCAACGAAUAAUAGUUCCUCGACAAGUUUCGUGAAUGAAACAUUAAACGUUGCGCACGUGUGCAUUCCGACUGUCUUGAACGCAAGGGUCUUCAUUAAUUCCAUCGUAAUCGCUACAACCGGAGUUGUAGGAUAUACUUUGGCUGGCUCGUUGAUUACAGUAGUAGGGAAAAAGAAACUCAUAGCGACCUGUUUCGUGGUAGCCGCAGCUUGCUGCGGUUCUCUUUAUUGGGCAGAAAGCACUAACAGUAUUCUCGGUUUGUGUUCAGUAUUCGUGGCAAUGUCGAGCAUAGGCGGUGCUUGCGUUGUUAACAUUAUCGUGGAUAAUUUCCCAACGUGUUUAAGAACCAUGGCCGUCAGUCUAACGAUGAUGGUCGGCAGAAUCGGAGCGGUCAUAGGCAACUUAUUAUUCCCAGUUUUAUUCAACUUAUCAUGUAUAGGACCCUUCAUUCUAAUAGGUUCUGCUUCUCUAGUGUCAGCCUUACUAGUGAGCCUUCUACCUCGAAAGCAUUCGGAAACGGACAAAUCGAAGAACGUUAUUUGACGACAGUAUUCUGUGAAUGUUAAUUUUCAAUCUAGGUGUUUGAAAUUCUACAAGUUAACUAACUGCAACUAAGAAUAUCACGUGUAAAUAAAUUAUAUCGUUGUUUUCUCAUCGAUGUGUUAUUCAGGUGCAUGAUUUUCCAUCAUGUAAAUAUGUAAAUACAGUACGGUUACGCUCAUACACCAUAAGAUCCCUUCGCGUUUUCUAUGUACACGUGAAGCUACAUAAACGAUUCGUAGAACGAGUGCGUGUUAUAGGUGAAAUUUUUAAAAAGAAUGUCGUGUCUACGUCGCGUGGUAUCAUUUAAGAAUGAUUCCGACGUUGUCUGUAAUCACUUAAUCAGUGAGUGAAUCAUCAGGUAGCGCAUUAAAUAACUAGUAAGUUUUUGAAGUAAUUU